AUGAAAGGUGAGGGAAGCGUUGGAUACAACGCAAAAAAUGAUCCUCUCCUACCCGGGUACACCCGGCCCCAAAACUCGGAGGAGCGAACUUUUCCUGUUGAAUCUCUGGAAAACAAACAAACUGAUGCCUCAACACAUGAUUAUAAAGAUGAGAGCCUCUACAAAACAACAGGUUGCUAUUUCAUGGAAAAAGGCUUGUGGCGACAAGCACUCAGAGAAUUUCACUGCCGAUUGUUUCUCUUGGACAAGGAUACACAGGACUAUGAAACCACCAUUAACUUGAUCCGCGAGGUACGUCACAAUCUACUAUCCGAAGUGAUGCCAAUACCUGUGCAUUUUAAGGAAAUGCUCUUCGUUAGAAAUCUAGAAGAAAAAUGGACAACGUGGACAUCACAGAUGGGUUACACCGAACAGUUGAGAAACUUCAACAACACAGAAAGUACGGUGGGUUACCAUUCGAACACCAUGGUUGCGAAAAUUGCACUCAAACAGGGAAGCCUGCUCAUGAGGUUACAACCAUUUGCCGCGGCUCCAUGGAAAAUUGACAUGAAAGACUCACAAAAAAUAGACAGCACAGAUUAUAGCAACUGCUUCCAUUGCCUAUGCACGAUUAUACAGACCACAGGUUUGUACCACGACAACACGACACUUGUUGCGUGCCCAUGUAAGCCCUACGAAUGUUUAUAUACCUUUUGCUCAGAGGAAUGCUUUUUGAGGAAUGGUGCUGUCCACACUGUUGAGUGUGGGUACUUGGUAAAGCUGAAAUCUUUUGCUCUGACAAUGUUGAAUGAAGCGCUUGUCCUUUUAGUUGUGCGGACCCUCAUACGCUGUAGCUUAACUAGAAACAAUCCCAAUAAUAGGGCUAUCAAUAACAGUGAGAAGGCUCCUAAUGGAGACAAUGAUGAUGUCCUACAGCAAAUCCUCGAUUUCAAAGUGGACUAUUCAGUGCUAGAAGCAAGUCACAAAAAGGUGAUAGAGGAUAUUAAGACAUUUGCACAUUUUUUAAUGAAUGAAUUAGGUGUGAAGUUCUGCAUCUAUUUGACCCACAGGGAACUCGUCCAUCUAAUUGUCGUCUUGUGGACGAAGAGUUUGGCUUUGACACCGUCUGUAUACGUAGAAUCAGAAAGCGUGAAACUUGGCGGGGUUGCAUUUACCCCAAGUCUAUUGCACCUGCAACAAUCAAGCGCACCAACUACCAGUGUUUAUUUGGAUCGCAAAGGGAAGAUAUGCAUCCGAUCCAUAUAUACCAUGGAGCCCGGUACCAGGUUAUACAUGAACACCGCUAUGGACAAGUACCUACCGUUACAUAAUCAGUAUGCCGAGUUCUGGUCUGUAGGUCUAUUGCUGUCUUCGAAAGUUGCAGAGGUCCCAAGCACCAAUGAUAAUCGUGGUAUCUCUGCUUUGCGAUGUGGAAUGUGCAUCACGUCAUACUGUCACGUGGAACGCGUUGAAAUGGCAAGUGAGAUGCGAAACGAAGGUUCCGAUACCUCAAAUAAGUAUAUCUGGGCUUGCGAAAAUGGUUGUGCAGUGAAUCAGGACGAUCUCAAUAUGCUACAAAAGAAAGCAGAGGACAUAAUAAAAAGGGUGCACCGUCUACAUAGCAGCGGUCAGCAUUUGACGGCCAAAAAGAUCCUUGAAAGUUUUGUUUUGAGAUGGGCAGGAGUCUUGCAUAUCAACCACUAUCUGUUGUACAAUGCGCACGUCUUGCUUGCUGGUAUGAAAAUGAAUAAGGCUGGCUCCAAUAUACGGGGUGCUCUUAACCAUUUGACAAUUGCAGUUCUUAUGGCGGAAGAAAUGAUGCCUUUAAUUUGCCACGAAAAGGCACAUUUAUAUUCAAGGUUGGCAGAUUUGAUGGGACAGCUUGUGAUGACGGCACGAGUAAAUCGCAAGGAAGACGUCCAACUCAAACAGAUGACUAUCGAAGCAGCUUACACCGCCUUAUGGAAUUGGACUUUAAUAGCUGGCGCUGAUUCAAAUGAAUCCAUCACUCACAUGCAGAAGUGUAGAUCGCUGGCCUUCCAGAUGAACCUACACGUUCCAAGAUUGUCAAAAGGUUUUGUGAUUAAUGUGCCUGGGAAAUAUCUAGAGGUCUUUAAAUUGGUCACUGGGAAAUGCGUAAUACCAUCCAUCAUCAAUUUUUCAACUACAGGUAACUUAACGGAUAUUCCUACAGACAAUGUGGCGACUGUCGCCUUCAUGGCAGCACAGAGUGGAAUGUUGACCGAUGCGGUAUUGGAAGUUCUAAUGUCAAUAGAGUCGCGUGGUAUAAUGCACUUAGGGACUGGUUUGAGUAUGCUGGGUAUCGCUGCAUCAAACGGCAACGUGGAUCUAGUCAAGGCGAUCACAGAUUUCAUUUCCACUAAAGUGGCCAAAGCUUUUGAUUUCUUGGCUAAAAAUGACAAUACUGUAGAUGCGGAGCUUACAGUUGUGAACCUAAUACUAUCUACUGUUGGCGGUAAUGAACUUGGUAUUACACCCCUAAUGGCUAUGGCAUCUGUUCCUGUGGACAAUGACACACAGGCAUUGAAAAACGAGAUCAUUAUAUCUCGAUUGAUGCUAGAAUGUGCAGAGAAGUGUGACGAGAUAAUCGCGAAGCACAGAGGUGAAAUAAACAUCAAGCUGGGGAGUUUCAAGUGGCUGAUGACAUCGGGAGUCACGGUGAAAACGCUCCUAUUAGAUGCGCGCACCCAUGACUUCCUCAAAGGCCAAACUAUUUUGCACUAUGCGGCGUCGCAAGGAAAGAGAAAUUUAGUGCAAUAUCUGGCCAGGGUCAGCCGAAACGUUAAUCAGACUAACCUCGAAGGAGCCACACCGUUGCACUUAGCAGCGUUGGGAGGCCACAUUGAGGUAUGUGAAACACUACUCAGUUUUGGAGCAAAGCACAACAUUCCGUUAAAUACGGGGGAAUUGGCACUUCAUCUGGCCAUAUACGCGCUGCAUGAUCGGACAGUGAGACUGCUAGUAGAACAAUAUGUGAAACAUACGCCGAACGAAGACACGUCAUUGAGAAACGUAUGGGUCAGCCAGACACAAAAACGCGGUCCCUCCAUAUGGCACGCUCUUGUUUCUGGCAUAUACAGGCCUUCUACAAGUGCAACAGAUGGCUCAAGCAUCGCACUGGAUGUUCUUGUUUCCAGAUUAGCUAAGGCUGUACAGAUCGCUCAAUACCUGGCGGAAAGUACAAGCGCGGGGGAAGCGUACGUGUGGUCGAAUUCGGCGCCAUCGCAAAUGUUAUGGCGGAAGUGGCAAGAGUAUAUGGAGGCAAAUAGUCAUCGUUUCGAUCCCCAAGAGAACUUCCAGAAGCUUAAUCUGGCCAAUGUGAACUCCGUACUACAGAAUGGCUAUACGACGGCGCCGGUCAUAAAAUCUGAUUGCAUCUUCAACGACGAGACGGAUGCUAUCUUUGCUGCCACAAGGGCUGUGCAGUUCCUAUCACAGCUGCUUCGGCGUGCCGAAGAGGGCGCGACCGAUGCCGCAGGGCGCCACAUGAAAGGGGCACCCAUUUCCACGGUGUCACGCGUGAAAACUACACCGACAUCUUACACUACGGCCUUACUGGGAGAUGGCAGCUUCGGAUUAAAGACGCGAUGUGCGUUCUUCACAAGAGGCAUUUCAACGAAUAGCGGCCAUGGCCAGAGAAAACGCGUAGUGGUUCUAGGGACCGGAUGGUCGUCCUUUUAUUUUGUGAAGAAUCUAGAUCUUCAAAAGUAUGACCUGCAAGUCGUAUCGCCGAGAAAUUACUUCACGUUUACACCUUUGUUACCGAAACUCUUAUCCGGUAAAAUUUCAAGCGUUACGUGUACGGAACCCUUUGCGACAUAUGUAAAUAGACGCAAACGAGGAAACUUUCAAUUCGUACAUGCUAGGUGUUUGGAUGUGGAUCCCAACGCAAAAACCAUUUCAUGCGUCUCGGCGACUGAUCCAAAUACGACACUUUCUCUCCCAUACGACUACCUGGUUGUUGCCGUAGGUGCAGAAACAAAUACGUUCGGUAUUCCUGGUGUAGACCAACAUGCCUACUUUUUGAAGGAGGUGGAACAUGCGAACCGCAUAUACCAGAAAAUCAUCUCUAACUUUGAAAUAGCGUCUCUUCCCUGCACUAGUGAAGAUGAAAAACGACGGCUGCUGCAUAUGGUUGUUGUUGGAGGCGGACCUACAGGUGUAGAAACAACAGGGGAGAUCGCACUACUUUUCAACAACAUGUCACAAGCAUUUCCCUCCCUCGUGCCAUAUGCAAAGGUCACGAUAGUAGAAGGUGGAAAACGUCUUUUGGCAACAUUUUCACCAGCUAAUUCGGAAUUCGCCGGCAAUAUUCUCGGUCAAAGGAACGUUAACCUUGUGUUAGGGAAACAAGUCUGUGGCGUGGGAAAAGAUGACUGUACUGUGAGAGACCCUGCAACUGGAGCUACAGAAACGUUACCCUGUGGACUCGUUGUCUGGGCUAGUGGGUUAAAACAGUGUGAAAUCGUUUCUAAAAUUCGAGAACAUUUUAAGGAGCAGAACAACCCUCGCGCACUCUUGGUAGAUCAAUAUUUAGCGUUGCGUGGCAGCCGCGACCGCAGUGUGUUUGCCUUAGGUGAUUGUUGCAAGGUAAGCCCCGACAAACUGAGCGAUCACUAUGACAACGUCUUGGGGGUAAUCGGCAAACCGAAUCAUAAGGCCCUGCUACGCUGCCGCAAAACACUUGGGAAGAGCUUUCCGCAAUUAGCCCCCAACAAGUUAAACGCUGGCGACCGUCAGUUCAAAGACUUUUGUAAGAAGGUGGAAAGAAGCACCAAGAGCCCAAAGGGCAAGUUGCUAGAGAUAAUGGAUCAUAUAGAUGCCAACUACGUACCACCGUUCCCAACCGCACAAAACGCUAAGCAGGAAGGUUCAUAUCUUGCUAACGCUUUUAACAAUGGUAUGUGCGGGUUAGGAUCCGAUGCUUUCAACGAAGUCUGGAGAGGAUCGUUGGCCUCAAUAGGGGGUAAACAUGUCGUGGGCCACUUUCCCUUAUUCAGACUCAAUGGUGGUAUUACUACACUCUUGGUGUGGUUGAGCGUAUAUAUGAUGAUGUUUCCUAGUAACAAAAUGCGGUUAUGCUACAUGGGGAAUGCUCUGAUCCAGAAACUAUAUGGCAGACACCUCGUAAGCAAACAAAAAUGA